UGGAAAUUCUGAACAAACAUCAUUUUUUGGUUUUACAAAAAGCAAAAUGGCCGUAGCUGUGCGCUUAGUUGAGGUUCUGACCUUGAUUACAUUGCUAGGAAUGCUAACGGGAAUAUCAAUUGUGAUCGUGAUUCUGCAACGCGUAAUCGUGGUUACUUUAUAUUUGCUUGGUCCCAUAACAGCAACAGUGGGCGGCAUACUAUAUGCCUCAGAAAAAAUACUUGUCGGAGCAUUAAUGAGUAUAUUGAAUUUAACUACAGCACUUAGUACCUCAACUUGAACCUACAACGUAUUUAAAAUUCUUGGUUGUGCAAAAGGGGAUUUUAAUCAUGUUAGAUAAAAAAAA